GAAGAGGUGGUGCUUGAGACUUGCUUCGCAACACCGUACGGCUGCGAAGGGCUCGUCUGCAGCAUGCUCAGUUACAGCGUCCUGCUCCGACCCGGGCUGAAGAUCGCCUUUGUGCGGCAAUGAGCGUCGUCGCUCGCCACAUCCCAGCUGCAGGUACGGCAGCUAGCACGGCUAGCCCGGGUCACAAGCAACGAGGGACGCGUGGGAACACACCUCCGCGCCACCCUCUCGCCGUGGACAAGCUUUCACCGGGACGCUACGCUGCAAGCGACCAUGGCGACGGGGAGGGGUACAAGAGGCGAAGCAUGUAGAAGCGAUCCCUGAGAGAAUUUUGAGCGCAAAACUCUGGUAGCACUGUUGCUGGCCACCGCUCAGGACGGCCUUGAGGUCGCCUAAGAGCUGUUCUCGACGCGCCGCGGUGAGCGCUGCUACCACGCAACUGCCGCUUGAGACCUCAGCUUGACCUCAUACCGCCGCCGAGAUGAGAUCUUAGGGCCGGUUACAGCAAAUAUCUCUCACCGACGAGGCUAUUGCUUCUCCCUGAGCCAAGCCAAGUCUGGUGCUGAAGCG